UAUAAUAACUGAACAUUUUAGAAUUUAUAAAAAAACAAAAUAUGGCAUAAUUGAAAGCUAAAUUAAAUUUGUAAUGCUAAAAAACAGUAAUGACGGUAAUGAUGCGUUGGUGGAAGACAGCGCUAAAAAUGGUACCGAGAAUUUGAUCAGAAAUGAAAACCAAAGCGAUACCCAAAAAAUAAUUGAUAAAAAAGUGGGUUUCAAACGGCAAAUCACACUCUUAGGAGCCAUCGGUCUUCUUGUAGGAACAGUAGUUGGUAGCGGAAUUUUUGUAUCACCUAGUGUAGUUGCAAACCAUUCUGGAAGCUCAGGUUUAAUUCUUAUUGUUUGGGCAGGCAGUGGAGUACUUGCACUAUUUUCAGCUUUAUGUUAUGUAGAACUUGGUACAAUGUUUCCAACGUCAUCAGGCUCUGAUUAUACUUUUGUAUAUGAAGGUUUUGGAGACUUACCAGCAUUUAUAUCUGGGUUUACAAAUGUGGUAGUAUUAUCUCCAAUGGCAUUUGUUAUGGUGACGUUAACUUGCGCAAGUUACAUUGUUUCAGCUGCCAAAAUACAUGAAAAAUACAUCAAAAUAAUUGCUGCCAUAAUCAUUGGAGUAAUAUUCAUCUUGAACUGUGCAAGCGUUAACUUAGGAACAAUAGUUCAAGAGAUUUUUACAACAAUAAAAAUUUUGGCGUUAUUAAUGAUUGCAGUUACUGGUAUAGUGCGACUUGGUCAAGGUCAUUACCAAAAUUUCAGACAAAUUUUUAAAGGAUCAAAGACAAAUAUCUCAGAAAUUUGUUAUGCUUUUUACGGUGGCUUUUGGGCCUACGGGGGAUAUAGUAAUUUACCUACAAUUGCUGCAGAACUUAAAAAUCCUAUUAGAGAUCUCCCAUUAGCUAUGUGGAUUGGAAUGAUAUUAGUUACAGUUUUCUAUGUCACCGUCAAUGCGGCAUACUUAACAGUAAUGACUCCACUUGAAAUCGCCACUUCAAAUGCAGUAGGAGUGACAUUUGGUGAUCAAGUUUAUGGUCCUGCAGCUUUGAUUAUACCGGUGUUAGUGGCAUGCUCAUCAUUUGGUGCUUCAAAUGGAGGCAUGAUAUCUAGCAGCAGGAUGUUGAACGCAGUUGCUCAGAAAGGUCAUGUGCCAAAGUUUCUUUCUCUCAUACAUAAAAAACGCCACACACCAACUACGUCUCUAUUUUUUAUAUGCAUUUUAUCAUUGGUCAUGCUGAUACCUAAGUCAUCUAAUUUUGGAAAUUUAUUAAAAUACAUCUCUUUUAUUAACGCGGCAUUAGUUGGUUUGACUAUGUCAGCUUUGUUAUGGCUACGAUAUAAAAGACCAGAUAUAGAAAGACCUUUUAAAGUGUUCCUUGGAUUACCCAUUUUAGUGUUGUUAAGUUCAGCUUAUUUCACAGUAGCUCCGUUUUUUGAACAUCCACUAGAAUCAACCUAUUGCCUAAUUGCAAUCCUUGUUACCAUUCCUAUAUACUACAUUUUUAUAAAAUAUGAGAAAAUACCUAAGUUUGUUUCAAAUUGUUUAGGUUGUUUUGCAACAAUGUUAGAAAAGUUGAAUAUGGGCUAUCCGCCAGAAGAAGUUAAUAGAAAUAAUUAUUCUAAAAUAAGUACAAAAGAAGAAAUAAAUACGCAACCAAUUAAUGACACAAAUUAAUUUUUCGAGUUUCAAUUAUAAAAAUCGCCGGACAACCAAUGGUUAUAAAAACCGCCGGACAACAAAUGGUUAUGAAACAACAACCGCCGGACAACAAAUGGUUAUGAAACAAACUAAGGCAUAUCAAUAACAUUUUACUUUUUCAUUGCUAGCAGAUCACCACUUUAUUUUUACUUUUAUUGCUAGCAGACCAUCACUUCAUUUUUACUUUUAUUGUUUGCAGAUCAUCACUUCAUUUUACUGUUAGCAGAUCAUCACUUCAUUUUAUUGUUAACAGAUCAUCACUUUAUUUUUACAACUAAUAGUUUAUCACUUGUUUAACAUUUGUGGAAUCCAAUAUAUGAAGAUGCAAAGUGCCAAAUUCAUAUUCGUACGUUUAGAUUUGGAAAAACUGGGAUAGUCACUUUUAUUUUUCAAGUUAAAAUUUAAUACUUAAUAAAUUGUAAAUAUAUAUUUACUAAAUUUAAAUAAAACCAUUAAAUCAAAUAUAA